CUUCUUACUGGAAGAAUGAUGAUUUCAAGAAAUAGAAGCUCACUCUGCUUCCAUAACUUGUACUUUGUGCUAUCUUGUCUAGUACAUUACUGCUCCAUUCUUCUUUUCGGUUUAUAACAAUGGAUUUUCACCCCCUUUUUUCUGGGUUUUCCUUUGAGCUAACGAUAAGCAUUUGAGUAGAAAGAUUCUCAUCUCUCCCAAGGCCAUGGUCUAUCACGUUAAAGUUAUUCGUAAGAGAGCAGAGAGGCUUGAACGGAAGCGAAUGCAAAACAAUAAAGUGCACGCGGAGCGACUUUCUGCGUUUGAAGAAUUGCUUAAUGAGAUUUAUACAGUUUGCCGUCCUAAACCAAGUGAUUAUGAAGUUAGGAGAGAUUUGAUUUCUGUUUUUAAUGAGAUAGCAAAGGAUAUCUAUGGACAUUCUGGUAAUGUUCCUGUUGUGGAGGAGUUUGGAUCUUUCGUAAUGGAUCUAUUCCAUUCAAAGAGUGACCUAGAUCUAUCUGUUAAUUUUGACAACAGUUCAGUUAAAAUUACGCAUGAGAAGAAGAUUCAAACUCUCAGGAAAUUUGCAAGGAAGUUAUAUGCACUUCAAAGAUAUGGGCAUGUUUCUGGUGUUCAUCCAAUAACAGCUGCCAAGGUGCCCAUUCUGAAAGUUGUUGAUUGUGGAACAAAAAUUGAGUGUGAUAUAUCAGUUGAAAACAGGGAUGGAGUUUCAAAGUCUAAGAUAAUCCACAUGAUUUGCUCACUCGAUGAAAGGUUUCAGAAGCUGAGCUUUUUGAUGAAAGCUUGGGCAAAAGCACAGAAUAUUAAUAGCUCAAGAGACAAAACUUUGAACUCAUUAUCUGUAAUACUUUUGGUUGCUUUUCAUUUGCAGACACGAAAUCCUCCAAUACUACCGCCAUUUUCUGCCAUAUUAGAAGAUGGCUCUGAUCCAGAUGCAGUGGCAAAGUCGUUGCAUAAGUUUGUGAACUAUGGGAAGAGGAACAAAGAGUCAGUAGCUGAGCUGCUAGUUACACUGUUAGUCAAGUUAUUGUCAAUUGAGAAGCUAUGGUCCAAAGGACUAUGUGCAAGCACCUAUGAAGCAUCUUGGCUAUCUAAAACAUGGGACUCCAAAGUUUGCUGCAUCAGUGUUGAGGAUUUCACUGAUCGGUCUCAAAAUGCUGCAAGGGCUGUUGGGAAAGGAGAAGUGAAACGCAUAUAUAAGUGUAUCCAGCGUACUAGCGAAUACAUUUCUGCUUUUAUGGAUGGCCUUGUUGAAAUACCCACAUUAAAAUAUCAGUUGUUUGGUCAUGCUGCUCCCUUUCAAGAAGGUUCUGGGACGAACAUUAAAGAAGAUGGAAAUAUAAUCACUCUUCCUUGUAGAGAUAUCAAGAAUAAGGAGGAUCAAAGUAAAGGAGGCCAGUCGGCUAAACCUUCUGAACCUAUCCCGACAAAAAGAAAAUGGUCUACCGAAGGUUGGGAAGGAUCAACUUCAGUGAGCUGUGGACAGUCAAAAGGAAAAUGGUCUACUGAAGGUUGGGAAGGAGUACGUUCAGUGAGUUGGGGACAGUCCAAGGAGGACGGUGGGCCACCUGACUCUCCCUGGUCAAAAGGAAAAUGGUCUACCAAAGGUUGGGGAAAAGCAUCUUCAGCGAACUGGGGACAGUCAAACGGGGACGGUGUACCACCAGACUUUACCCAGACAAAAAGAAAAAGAUCAGAAGAAACUCCGGGAGGAACUUCUGCUGCUCAAUGGUUGGGAAAAUCAGACACAAAAAGUUGGCCCAAAAGAAAGCAUAACAAUAAGUAUGCACCCAAGACUAAGUGGUCAAAAAUGCAGACAGGAGGUUGGGGAGGAAGCUAAAUGAACCAUUUGCUCGUAUCUAGUUGAAUCAUCUGCAACAACUUUACAUUCUUGCUAGGACUUAGGAAGUAACUCGUAUGAGCUAGGUAACGUACCCCUCGUUUUCCUCUUGUUUUUGUACGUGUUGGUUAGGACAUUCUGUGCAGAUCGACUUAGCAGUGACCUAACAAGAUGGAAUGUUAACUGCUCAAUGUACAUUUAAUUUUAUGGUACCUUGUGAACAUCAAGGAAUUGAAGGAAAAA